AUGUGCAGAUCUCAGCUCAAAGCACCAGGUCCCCACGACUCUCGGCCCCAUGUCACUCCGCACUGGACAGCUGUGGCUCUGGGGGGGGGGGACCUGACCUGGCAGCACCCCACAAACACGCCCUCACCUCUGCGCUUGGCUUGCUCAUGCCACCCAUUCAUCUUCAUUUCAACACCCUCUCCCUCACAAUCAGCUGGCACAGUCCAGCCCGAACACCGCUCCCUCUGCGCCCUGAGAGAUCCGAUCGCUGACACCGACACCGACCCCCCCACCGGCCCGCCCCGGCCCUCCACCCGCAGGGGCACAUGCUUUUGGGGCGAAAGGAAGACGGCAAAACGCGAUGACAGAGAGAGACGGGUCCCGGGACGCUCCAAUGCAGUGUUCAGCCAACAUCAGAAAUAUCACAUUCUGCACAAAGUUUGGUUUGGAUCCAGGAGCGGAGCGCCUGCACGAGGGAGGGAGCUGUGUGUGGACUGUGGAGGGAUCGCCAACGUGAACUGCCCCUGCCAACGGAAGCUCCGGCGGUGGGAAAGCAGCAUGACCUGGGGGGCUUUGUCACUGUCACUCAGCGAGGAGCCCGCGGGGUGGUGCUCACGGACUCACCACCGUAAUGGCUUCCAGAGACUCCCGCUGCCCCCCCCAGCUCUGUGCAGCGGCAAGCCUAAUCAGGAGUGGCGGGCCGGGGCCGUGUGGACAGUGUCAGGCCCGGAGACAGGCCCAGCCACCCCCAUCGGCACCACUCACCUCCCCAUGCACCAGUCACUCCAGCCGGGGGCCCCACCACAGCCUGACAGCAGCAUGGGGGACAACAAGCAGCUGUCAGACCGGGAACAUGACAGAGGGAAAAGGGCCCACAUGCACGGCGAACGCAAACGCCAAAUAAUGACAAGCUGA